GUAGUAAGAAUCAAGAUGGCUUUGGCCGCUGGUUGGGCCAAUUUCGAUUUCGUGUUGUUUUCGCUUGCGUUUGCGUGCACUGGGUUUCAGUUGUGCGAUUAGAAAUGCCGUCAAAUUACACGUUCACUGUUCAACACUUGGAACUUGAAAGAUCGGAUUACGUGUGGUCAAUGUGAAAUACAAGCGGCCUUCGUACGAUCUUGGCACUGUUGCAAAGGUAAACUGAAGAUGCCGGUAGCCACCAAGAGCCUUCACAUGGCCAACUCCUUUGAGGAGCUAAUGAAACUAGUAGAUGGCGAUGCCAUCAACCUCAAGGAAAAGCACUUCAGAGGAAAGAACCUUCGAAUGCUAUGCACAAGCACGAGCAAGGUCCUGGAGGCAGCAGACCUGCAUAAGAACGAUGGCGAUGAGGAGAGCUCGUUCAUCCUCUACAUGCGCUACUUCAGCAUGGUUGACUACAUACGCAAGCAUAAAGACUACAAGAUGGCAAAGGACACAUACGACAAACUGUUGAAGUUGGAGCAGUGCAUUCGGGUGAUGGACACCCUUGAGGAGCAGAAGAAAAGCCUCCAGAAACGAUAUGCCAUCCUGAAGGACGCCAAGGAGGCAGAGGCCAAGGAGCGAAAGGCGGAAGAAGCUGCAGCAGAGCUUAUGCGGAAACCGGCUCCUCCGCCACAGCCACCAGAACCAGCCAGCAACCCACUUCCCUCGGACGGCAGCGAUAGCUCCGUCACGAAGCUACCGGCUGAUGUUAUCAAGCCACCUGCGACGCAGCUGUCGUCAUUCAAGCUUUUAGAUAUGCUCCAGGACAAGGACACGAAUGUGUUAAUCAUGGAUGCCAGGCCAAGACAAGACUUUCUUGACUCUCAUCUGAAGAGCAGCGACUGCAUCAACAUCCCAGAGGAGGUCCUCAAACCAGGAAUCAUAGCAGAGGAAUUGAGCAGACGUAUACCCGAGGAGAGCGUUGAAUUAUUUGAGAAACGCAAUGUUGUCGAUUUCGUUGUCCUAAUGGACUGGAGAAGUGCGGAUGUCCCAGAGGACAACCAGGCUCCUCUGAAGGUCCUGAAGGAUGCGAUAUACAAGUGGUCGACACAGAAAGUGCUCAGGUGUGAGCCCAUGGUUCUGAAGGAUGGCUACGAGGACUGGCUUAUGCGAUACCCCAUGCACACAACCAACGCCCACACCAAGGUCCCGGAGGCAAAUUCGGACCCACUUGUCGGCAACUAUUUAAACAGCACAGAUACCGUCUACUUUCCCGAUCCGGACAACCUUUUUGAAGAGGCUGUGAGGAGCAUGGCUCAACAAGCGAAGCCCUCUGGUCCAGCCUCCAACCCAGUCACUGCGACUAUGCCGCUUGUGGACCGCAGCAAGAAGCCCAGUUUCUCGAAUGGCCCUUUGCCGAAUAGCGUGGGCCCCAAGAUGGCCAAUGGCAGCAGUGUCAAUGUGCCAGACUCCAUAGGAACCAAGGGUGGUGCGUUCCUUCAGGCUGAUCAUGCAUCGAAACCCCUGCCUGGUGGUCCGUUCAAGGGUCUCAGCCAGGAUUCCGACUCUGGGGAGUCGGAGGCGACGUCCCUUGAGGGCAUUCGUCAGACGGAAAACCUGAAGCAGAAGCUUCUCGACCUCACAAAGGACCAGUUGGCCUCAGAGAAGGAGUUUGAGCUGCUGCGUGAACGGAAAGCACGCGAGGCGGAAGAGGAGCUUCGGCGCUCAGUCCAGGAGCGAGAGGAGGCCCUGCAGGCGCACAUCCGACAGCUGGAGAAGGAGCGUGCCAAGGUCGAGCAGAAGGUCACCGACCUCACCCGGAGCAAUGAGCAAUAUGAACAGAAGUUGAAGGAAAAGGACAAGGAACUGGUACGCAUCAUACAGCUGAACGAAGAGCAGAGGAGAGCUGACAAGGAGGUUCACAAACUCAGGGAGGAGCGGAAGCGCAAGGAACAGCAAGAACGGGAGGAAGUGCAGAAGGACUCGGGCAAGACUGUCGCUGACAAGGCAGCAGUGCCGUCUCCACCAAGGACGCUGAAGCCGGCCACCAACGCUGCAGCCAACAGCAACAACCUGAAGAGCCAAGGAACAAAUGCUGCCACUCCAGCAGAGAGGCCGCAGGGCGUGUCGAUGCGUAGCAACAACAACCUCUCCCGAUCUCGGUCUUUCCCAAACCUGUCCAUGGCUGCCGAGGAAUCCACCUCGGAGUCGACAGGCCCAGCCACCAGCGCAGCAGUACCCCAGUUUGACCGCACUCUGAAGCCAUCGCAGAGUGUUGAGAUGAGCACCGUCGUCAUAUCUCGCCAGCCACGAGCACGGACUGGCGAUGUGUUCUACCCUCGUGUGAGGAGCAUCAGUCCGUCGUCAGGACAGGAGUUCAAGCGGUCAGCCGGUCUACGCAACCUGGGCAACACGUGCUACAUGAAUGCAACACUCCAGUGCUUGGCCAACACCAUCCCCCUAGCUCUGCACUUCCUGUCUGACCGGUACAAAAGGGACAUCAACAGGGACUCGCAUAGAAGCACUGGUGGUGAGACAGCUCAUGAGUUCAAGAGCCUGCUUGCUCAGAUGUACUACAAUGACAAGAGCGUUUCACCAAAAGGGUUCAAGUGCCUGAUGGGAAGGCUGUUCAACGUCUACGCUGGCUACGAGCAGCAGGAUGCCCAUGAGUUUCUCCUCAACUUCAUCGACAAGCUCCAUGAAGACCUUAACAGGGUGCACUUUAAGGAACUCCGUUUGGUCAAAAUAGAUCCCCAGCCUCACACUGUGGCAUCUUUCAUAGUGCCAGUAUUGCUCUGCGCCAUUAAACCACGACCUUCUGGUGACCGUUCACAGGCACUCCAUCGCAAGGGUGCCCCCCCGCCUCUGCCACCCGCAGACGAAGCGAACCUGUCUCUGAACGGGCGCAUCAACCGCUUCUGGUGCCAGCACUUAGACCGGCACCUCUCGGUGGUGUCGGACCUGUUCGAGGGCCUGCUGGUGUCCAACUUGACGUGCCUGGUGUGCCACAAGUCAUCGAGCAGCUUCGAAGUGUUCUCCUGCCUGUCGCUGCCCAUUCCAGCCGUCAGCGGGUCCGUCUGCUACCUACAGGACUGCCUCAAGCUCUUCCUGGAAACUGAGAGCAUGUCGGGAGAGGCGGCAUGGGACUGCCCAACGUGCAAGCAGAAGCGCAGGGCUGAGAAACGCAUGAUCAUAGCCAGGCUGCCCAAGAUCCUCAUUGUACAGUUUAAUCGGUUCCGGUGUGAGACUGCAUGGCAGAGCAAGAAGCUGCAGACGUACGUGCACUUCCCGGUCAACAGCUUUGACAUGAACUCCUACGUGGACCACACCCGGGUGGACACACAGCGCAGGCCACCCUACCACCUCUACGCAUUCCUGAACCACUACGGGACACUGGCUACCGGGCACUAUAUUGCCUAUUGCCGUGCUGGUCUUGGAGGCCAGUGGUACAUGUACGACGAUGCAUCUGUGACGGAAGUUACUUUAUCUGAAUCUGAUAAAAGGAACGCAUACAUACUUUUCUACACGUCUGUGGAUAUGCGACAUCAGUUCACCUCCCAUUCCUAAGGCUUGGCCCUGGCGAGAUUAGCAUAUUGAUUAGAAUAUACGAGAAGUGAUAUUUGUUGGCAGUACAACAAUAAAUUUAUUUUACGUAUAGUAUUCUAUUUAGGCUAUAACGCCACAGAAACAGGUAUGCGGAAGUCUUAUAAGGCCAUUACGACGUAAUUAGAUGUAUAUAAUGCAGAAUUUGUUUUCAGUGUCGCUCCUUGAUGCUUCUGUGAGAUGUGGCAUGCCUUGCUGUACAGAAUUAGUUUGUAAAACUGCAAAAGGCGCAGGGUGAUCUUGUGUAGAUAUAUAAAUAAUGUAUAAUGUUGCUACCGACACAAGCAAACCAACCGUAUGUGUAGUAAAUAAAUACAUUUUUAACUUU